GCACUCGAUUGUCAACAAGCUGUUCACAGCAGGCCUGCAUUUCCGAGGUCGCACUGCACCGUAUUGCAUGAGCGUCGUGUUAGCUAGACGUCUAGAUGGAUUCUGCACGUUUCGUUGCCUGCUUGAUGGACCCCAGCAACUCGUGAGAGAGUCAGCGUGUGCAGAGGUGAUGAAGAUAUCGCAACAUUCCGUGGCGCUGGAUUCAAGGCCGCCUGAAAGUCUGAGCGCAAAGCAAGUGAAACUCGCGUGACCUACUUCAUGCUCCCAAGGUGGCUGCACGGCAGAGAGAACCGAGCAUGACACUCUUAGCAGUAUUGUGUUGAGAGGAAGGAGCUUACGCCCCCGCCAGCACAACCUGCGGGUAACCACAGCACGCAAACCUUCCCACCACGCCAAGGUACAGCAGGACAGAAGGGGAAGGAUUGAAGCGUGUAAUCUACUGCCGACCAGAGUCAGUGAAUGCGAAACGAAUGACCGGAAAACCUGCAGCGAAUUGUUGUGACGUUAUAUCGACCCCAGGUUCGCCGUGUGUUGGAGCGCAGUUCCGAGGAAUACGGCUGUUGCCGCCCGGGAGUUCUGUAGAACGAAGCGUGGUUGUUUGUGGACGGACACCUCAUUGCACGGAAACAUGCAUUCAAUGAUGGAAGGGCAGGAUGGGGUGGAGCCUCAUGACGUGUUUGUGGAUCUGGGGGUGCUAAUCGUCGAGGGCCGCAUCCCAGGUGGAGCCUGGGCUGCUGGACGUGGCUAUGGAGAGGGUCCUCAUUGUGCUGGUGUGGGCAUAUCGGCGUUACCUGUGAGGCAUGACUGUGAUCCCAACAACAGUUUCCUGUGUAAACGGGCAGAGAACUUCCGCAAACACAUGCAGUUGCUAUGGCAGAAUAACAUACCAAUGUGCAUCGAGGUGCUACUGUGUGCUGACUGUCAGUGUGGCCAACAGAAAGCUCAGUCUCCAGAGGUUGCCAACAUACCCUCAUCAACUGACCUGCUCUUGGAGCAAUGGAUUGUUACCAUGGUGACCAAGAGGUGCCCAGAGAUGCCUCAGAUCUCAUUGCGUGGUCUUUUCCAAGCGGUGCGCUCCCAGCUUCACUUCUCGCAACUGUCGGCCUGGUGGAGCUGCAGCAAAGGUAGCAGCCCUGCACAUGUAAACUACCGAGUCACAGUUCCUGGAGAGGCAUUUGCUUCCCAGUUCCAGCGACAGCCUGUGGAGCACAGCUUCCCGGUUGCCAGUAUCUCAAGGAGAACUGCUGUUAAGGUGUGUGUGCGCACAUUGCCACGCAUGGCAGCUGUCCCACGCAUCCAGUGUCCACUGCAUCACUGUGAAAUGGAACAAAAGAAGCCAGCAGCUGAUGCAGACCUACUUGGGGCAGUUGGUGGGGCUGUGUGCUGCAAGGAUGAGACAUUCAGAUGGGGAGAGGUCACAUCAAAGCAGCCAGCGGCUGAUCCCCUCUUGGGAGAGAGCCUCCUGGAUCCACCGCAGAGCCUGGACCUGUUCACUCGUCGAUACCAGAGUCCUUCAAGGUGUGGCAGUCCAAGCUUGGAGGCACCUGAAUACCUCAUGUUUGGACGUGGAGUGACACCUGUCCGACCUGAAGGUACCAGCCGUCCUGUGAUUGGGCGCUGGCGUGACAACAGCCCUCCCAGUCCACCACUCAGCUCACAGCACCACAGGAGACUUGGCCGCCAGGGGCUGGUACGUCGGAGAGAUGCCAGCAAUAUGUCUGCCUCAGCUGCUGGUGGAACUGGUACUUUGGCAUGGCAGAAGUCACCCACGUUGCCAGGUUUGGUGGAUGAUCGGAUGCAGAACCCGUGCACCCGGCCUGGGAAGCACCACUGUCGCUGUGCAUUUGAUGAAGACAUGGACAUCCUGCCACCCACGGGCAAUGGACCAGACAGCAGCAUACAUGAACCGGCAUUGCCUUGUAAACCUUCUUCCAUGCCAAGUACAAGCUCCACCACACUGCCAGCCCCGAAGAGGGAUGAACCACUACUGGACUCUGCACAAGUAGAAGGAACACUGCCACCCGAGGACAGCAAGAUGGGCCGGCUGAACCUGGAACUCAGUCGACGGGAGUUUGAGGAAGUGUUGUCUGUUUUACGUGAUCGGAAUGACCCUCCGAACCACACUGUUGGUAAGAAGCUUGCGCCAAGGAGCCGCAAGGGCAUAUCCCUCCGUCAGGACCUUGUGUAUACUGUGCCAUCAUGUCUUCCAUCUACCUCAAAAGCAGCAGCAUCGGACAAAGCAGAUCUGCUCAUGGGUGCCAUCCUCCGCAGUCACAAAACCGACGAUGCCUCAUCGUCAUUGUUAGUGAAGUGUGACCAGAGAAGCAAACCUUGCAGACCCUGUGAUGAAUGUGAACUGAUUGAUGAACGGACCAUUCCAUCCUCUCUUAUUCGGACUACUCGGACAGAGAGUUCAAAGUGUGCCACAAUAAAGAUACACAACCCGCAAUGUCUUUCAAAUGCAACAACUGGGAAGUGCAGUGAUCAUGUGCCUUUAAAGUUGACUAGUGUUGGGGAUCGGACGAAAGGAGGGGCAUCAGGUUGUGAUGGCAAGAUACAGUCAGACGCAGAUGACGGGAGGAACAUGGACAUGCCGUUCUUAAACAGGAGUUUGGGACGCAUUAAGGAGUUCUUCAAAGCAGAGGUGAAACCAGCACAGGAGAAUGUGGAGAGUUCGAGUGUGCCAGAGCGUCCUGUUCCUUCAGCGCUGGACAAAGCCAAGUUCCGACGUUCAUUGGACUCUGCUGCGUGUAUGGUAUUUCACUGUCGAACUGGAUUGCCAUUGACUUCAAGUCCUGCGCCUGUUCGCAGGGGUACCUGCUUCGACUUUGACAGCACGCUCAAUUCGGUCUCUGCUAUUCGCAGCGCUCUCUUUGAGAGUGUCCCGGCAGCACCUGCAGAUGAUGCAUUGAGUGUGAGUAGUGAUGAUGCAGAGAGUGAAACUGGGGCCCGCUCCCCCUGUUCACCUGGCAUCGGUGGACCCACACUUUCUCCACUAGGGCCCUCCUUGUGGUCCCACUACACACUUGCGCCCUGUGCAUCCCUCCUAGGCAGCUUUGAAGAGUCUGUUCUGAAUGGACGGCUAGAACCUGUGAGCACAGUGCAAGGGUUCACCGCAGAUCUGGGUGCAAGUGGAUGUUUCUGUCCUCGUCAUCUGGUACUGCCUGUCACUGUCUUCUUCUAUACACUGGGUGACAAUGAUAAAGUCUCUACACCGUAUCUUGGGCAUAUCAACCUUGGGAAGAAGGGUUACAAUGUUCCGCGUAGUGGCACCAUACAAGUGACCCUCUUCAACCCACUCGGGACAGUGGUCAAGAUGUUUGUUGUCAUGUAUGACUUGGCUGACAUGCCUGUGAAUUCUCAGACUUUUCUCCGCCAACGUACCCUCUACAUGCCUGCCAAUCCCAAUGGAGAACAACCAGACAAUGCUCAGAAGUGGCUGCGAUACCUAAUACACCUCAGAUUCUCCAGCUCAAGGUCAGGCCGCAUCUACCUCCACUCUGACAUCCGCAUGAUAAUUUUCCGCAAGUCAGACAUGGAUACCGCAACAGCACAUGGAAUGGACAUGGCAUAUGAACUGCGCUCAUUCACGCACGGACCCACAAACCCCAAAUUCUCUCCAUACAAGUGACCAUUUGACCACAUGACUAUUCUGUUUACUGGGAUGCCAGUAACUGAGCUAGUAAUAUUGCUAGUGACCAUCUCACUAUGUUGUUUUUUCAUUUAUUGGACCAGCAAAUCUUAUAAGUUCCCUUUCAGAAGUGACCACCGGCUACAUUGCCUGUCUAUUCACUGGAGUACCAGUGAGUGGACUAGUUAUUCCAGAACUCCUCCCUUUUAAGUGAUUGGCUAUGUUGCCUGGAAUGCCAGUAAUGGGACCAGUAAGUUAUACCAUCAUAUGUUAACUGUUUGGACUCGUAAUGCAGGAAGUUACUUUUCUGUUCACUUUAAUUUAAGUUUGUACUUUGGGUUUACAAGGGGCAUUAUGCUGCAAGUUGGAAGAUCGCAAGUUUGAUUCCUGAUGAGGUCAUUGGAAUUUUCGAUUUACCUAAUCCUUCCAGCCGCACUAUGGCCCUGGGGUCGAC